AUGCCGGAUAAUACUCCAAAACGCUGCGUAGAUUUCUGCACCCAGCGUAACUUCCGCUACGCGAUGGUUCAAAAAGGACAUUUUUGCUACUGUGAAGACGAUGCACCGAUCCCGAAGGAAAAAUUCAACGACGUCAUGUGUAGCUUUCCCUGUCCUGGAAAUCCCGCACUGAACUGCGGAGGAGCGUGGGAGGCUUUAGUGUACGAAACGGGUCUUGCAAAGCACCCGAUUCAACCGGUUAAGUUGUAUCCGAACCCGAAGGAUAAACCGGUUCGAAUAGCGUUUCUUCUGAUAUUUCACAAAAGAAAUCUCCGACAAGUACACCGUUUGAUUCGUGCUAUCUACGACAAGAGCCACUAUUAUUACAUUCAUGUCGAUCCAAAGCAACACUAUCUUUAUCGCGAGCUGCUGAAACUGGAGAAAGAUUUCCCCAAUAUCUACGUAACUCGUCAACGGCACUCCAUCACCUGGGGAUGCUUUACACAGCUGCAGGCCCUGCUGGCAUCGAUGAAAGACAUGCUCACCAUGUGGAAUCCCGAUUACAUAUUGAACAUGAGCGAAAGUGAUUUCCCGAUCAAAACGAUAGCGAAGCUGACCAAAUUUCUUACUGCAAAUCGGGGACGAAAUUUCCUGCAAAUGCAAUCCUUGUAUUCGGUAGACAAGUUCAUUACUGAUUCGGGAUAUAGUAAGAACUUUCUGGAGUGUGAUAAUCGAAUGUGGGUUAUCGGCGAUCGGAAACUACCGAGCGGUAUAGUGACGAACGGUGGAAGUGAUUGGUUUUGUCUGUCGCGAGAAUUUAUUCAGUACGCACUAGACGACCGGCACGAUCUAGUGGCCGAUGUUAUGCGCAUUAUGGAACAUACGAUUUUUGGUACGGAAAACUUUUUCCAACAAGUGCUGCAAAAUUCGCCUUUCUGUCAAACGCAAUACAGUAGUGGUUUGCGCUUAAUUAGCUGGGCUUACGGUGUUGGUUGUUCGACGGGGCGGACGAUCGAAUGGAUCGGUUGCAGUCCUCUCAUCAUACGCCGAGAUAGCUGGCCAGAUGUACAGAGAUCCAUCACCGACGUGAUCUACGCAGUUCGAAAGUUCAAUCCCAUCUUCGAUCAAACAGUUAUUCUUAUAGCGGAAGAGUAUGCGUUUGGCAGGUAUCCAUCAAAUGUGCCAAACUUGAACGCUUACUGGGAAAAUGUGUACCAUCACGAAGAUGAGAGCCACGGCCCGAGGACGAAUGCCAUUCUAAAUGUUGCCUAUGCUUUGCUGUACAUAAAUGCGCAGACCAACGAUUACGAGCACUACGAGGUAAUGAAGAUAUUGGAAAUAACUCACUACUUUAAUCGGAACACAUUUGAAGGAUUUCUGAUUCGCCAUUUAGCACUGGUGAACGAUCAUCGAUUGGAGCUAGAGAUUUUUGUUAAACCCAUACACAAGUUUAUUCCCAGCAGGAAAUUAGAGAGCAAGCUGGUUAAUGUAAUGUUAGCGAUUUCUAACGUCAUUGAGGUGGUCGAACAAAGCCCACUCGACUUCGAUCAGGUGCUAUCGGCCGACAAGCAGCCUACGCUUAUUUUUAACCUACCACGAGCAAAAACCCAAUUCCAAACCAUUAUUAAUCACACCGUUACCGUGGACUGGAUCGAUCCUUAUCAACAAUCGGCGGUGGUUGAAAAUUACACGAUCAAUGAUGAUCCAGAUAAAUUCGAUCGUCAUUCCCUUCAAAGCACGACCCUAAACAUUCCUCUCGUGGAAGGUGUUUGGCGUGCACGGUACAACUACUUCCGUUUGCAUUCAGCCACGUGGUCCAGUUGA